UGUAAUGCACCUAUGUCACCCUUUUAUGUUCUUGUGCGGUGAGUUUUAUUUCAAUUGGUCCAUAUAGGUUUUGUGUCUCAAAGGACGUAUAAAUUGAUAUCAUGUUUCUAUUAAGGAUCAAAGAGUUUGAGAUGUGGAAAAUAAAUAUUGAAAUAUAGUUUAUAUAUAUUAAAAAAAAAUUAAUAGAAGUGUAUUACAUAUACAUAAGUGCUUAUGAAUGUGAUGGCAAUUUGUCAGAGUUGGUAAAAAAAUGGGCACUAUUGCUUCGGUACUACAAUGGAAAUGUGAGAAUUGUAAUAAUAUCGACCCUGAAAAAUGCGUAAACUGUGGCAAAAUGCAAAGAAUUUUAUCGACAAGUACACGAAUAGGAGACAAAAAUAACGUGCAGAAAAAUUCUGGAAUUCUGGUUAAAAAAGAUACUUGUAGAGGGAAAGACACAUUUUCACCGUCAAGAUCAUUUUCGGACAAUGAGCCAUCAUUAAAUAUUUCUUCGGAGGAUGAUGAUAUCAUAACCAAAAAUGAUUACAAGCGGGUAUAUAAAUCGAUGCUCAGAGGGUGUCUGCGGAGGCCGCAACGAAAUAAUAAAAAUUUCUCAUCAAAUUGUGUCGACUGUGAAAAUACACGGAAAUACGUUAAAACAUCUAUCGAGCUAUAUCAUCAUUUCUCCAACCCGUCAUUAAACAGGCGAUGGAUUUGUAAUAACUGCGAAUCUGAAAAUAGUUCCGUUACGUGGCACUGCAUUAUUUGUGACACAGUCAGCUAUUUGGCACCUAUAUAUAAAGAUACGAUUUUGAAUCAAGGGUAUAGCGACUGCAAAGAACCAAAUAAAACAGAAAAGAUAAAGAGAAAAGUUUGGAAGCGCCCGAAUUGUUUACGUAGAGCUCAGAGCCUUACAGCGGACAAGUCGUUUUCUUGUCGCAGCUGUCACAUUUGCUUCGUAAAUAAUUGCAAAGACAUUUUCAACCUUCCAGACACUGGAGGAGGAAAUCUGCCCGCUUCAUCCGCCAAUAAUAAUUCUGCCGAGCAAAAGGGUAAUUUUACCAUAACAACGCAUUCUAAAGGCGCUAAAUUGGAAAAUGACCACAGUAAAUUCACCUUACCCGGCUCAACAGUCUUAAUAGCCAUCAAUGAUUGGGCUCCAGAAACAAUAAAUAAAACUCAAUCGUCUACAGAAAGUAAGAAAAACACGGUCGAAUUAGUUGAAGUUAAUCGGGUUUGCAGGAACAAACAAAAUGAAACUAAUUAUUCGAAUAUUAAAGAAGAAAUAAAAAAAGAAACUCAACCAAUCUAUGAGAACAACCCGUUAUGUCAAAUUGCAAGCAAAAGUUGCCAUCAGAAUGAGAAAAAUGCAACUUCUGUUGAAAUGAAUGAAUGUAAUCAACCGAUAUAUGCUAUAGUCAAUAAAAGUAAGAAACUAAAGAAGCAUAUUGUUUCAUCUGAGGACUUAUUGCAAAAAGAAUAUUUAGUUAAUAUCACCAGUAAAAAGACAGAGCAACUUAACAAUUUACUAAAAAAUUAUAAUAAAACAAAAUGUAAAGAAACACUUGAUACUUUUAGAGAUAUGGCAGAAAAUGAAAACGACGAAAACGCUCCGAAUAUUAAUUAUUCAUCCGUAAACAUAUGCCCUAACUCUAUAACUUCAGAUCCAAGAGUUGGUGUUAAUGCAGAACAUUCAAUAUAUGCAAAAGUGUGGAAAGGCCCCCGGAAAACAAGUGAAUCAAAAAUAUUCAAUGCAUCUUCAAAUCAAGAGGAUAACAAUAUGCUCAAUAACACAAGAAGAACGUGGACAUGCUCAAAGUGCUCCUAUGCAUAUAAUCGUAUUUGGACCGACAACUGCGAAAUUUGUGAAUCUAUUCGUAGCCAGCCAACGGUAGAGCAACCCAGUUUAAUAACUGUAACAAAGUCUGAAAAUUCAAUAACAUCAGCAGAACGAAUUGAAGGUAAAUGGACAUGCAAAAAAUGUACAUUAGUUAACGACCCCACUUCAAUUGCCUGUGCUGUGUGCGGAGGAUCGAAGCUACGAAGUAUUUGUUCCGUAGAGGAUAUGACAUUGCGCAAGGGUGAAUUUUGGACUUGUAAUAAGUGUACUCUAAAAAAUAAUUUAUCUACUGGAAUAUGUAGCGCAUGCAAAUCUGUGCGAUCAUUACCAAUUGAACCCAAGAGGUUACAGAUAAAGGAGAUCAAUACCGAAGAAACUGUUGCCUCUCAUGCCGCUGACGCCAGUUCCCAUUUUUGGCAACCCAUCGCGAAGACAGUAAAUUUACAACCGAGUCAAAUAAAGGUUUCAAGAAGCCCCUCCCCUCGAGAAAUUCAAGGCUCGUCAGGUGCUAUUCCUAAGAGACACAGCACAGGAGGUAGUAUAUUAACCUCUAACUCAGGUUCUGUAAGUACCUCCGUUUCACCGAUUACUGCGUUAAAUGAUACUACUGGUCAAAAUAGAACUAAUAUCGUUAAUAGUAAUACUGUAUCCAAAAUGUGGCAAUGCCCAGCUUGCACAUAUGAAAACUGUCCAGCUUCUGUUGUUUGCGACAUGUGUUCAAGUCCCCGAGGUUUAGCCAGCAGUUUAAAUGAGUCACCACUGAUAAGUGCCGGAAAAGUUACCAUAGAUAUUCGGCAGGAGAGCAAACUUAUGGAAAAUCUGCGACAAAUUGAAGAAAAGGAGGCUUUGAAUAAAUGGAAAAAUAUUAUCCAGUAUUGUAGUGAUAACAACGAGCUUUUUGUAGAUGACUCAUUUCCUCCAGCACCUAAGAGUUUAUAUUACAAUCCAACUAAUAGUAUUCCUGAUGGUAAUCCAGUUGUGCAGUGGAGACGUCCUCAUGAGAUAAGUUGUGAAGGCGGAACUUUUCCGCCAUGGGCGGUAUUUCGAACGCCGCUACCGUCGGAUAUAUGUCAAGGUGUGUUGGGAAAUUGCUGGUUGCUAAGUGCGCUUGCCGUACUGGCAGAACGCGAAGAUCUAGUUAAAGAAGUAUUAGUGACAAAAGAAAUAUGUUUACAAGGUGCCUAUCAGGUACGUCUAUGCAAAGACGGCAAGUGGAUAACAGUUUUGGUUGAUGACUUACUGCCAUGUGAUAAACGCGGUCACCUUGUUUAUUCACAAGCUAAAAGAAAACAACUUUGGGUUCCUUUAAUUGAAAAAGCGGUGGCUAAAAUUCAUGGAUGUUAUGAAGCUCUAGUUUCCGGGCGAGCUAUCGAAGGUUUGGCUACCUUGACGGGAGCACCAUGUGAAAGCAUUCCAUUACAAGCAAGCUCACUACCAAUGCCCAGUGAAGAUGAAUUGGAUAAAGACCUAAUCUGGGCACAGCUUUUAAGCUCUAGAUGUGUUCGAUUUUUAAUGGGAGCUAGUUGUGGUGGUGGUAACAUGAAGGUAGAUGAAGACGAAUACCAACGAAAGGGUCUACGUCCCCGUCAUGCGUACUCUGUUCUAGACGUUAGAGAUAUUCAGGGGCAUCGUUUAUUAAAACUUCGUAAUCCCUGGGGUCAUUACUCCUGGCGUGGAAACUGGUCCGAUGAUUCUGAUCUUUGGACCGAAGAUUUGCGGGAAGAAUUAAUGCCGCACGGCGCUUCAGAAGGUGUUUUUUGGAUAUCAUUUGAGGAUGUACUAAAUUACUUCGAUUGCAUAGAUAUAUGCAAAGUACGUUCUGGAUGGAAUGAAGUAAGAUUGCAGGACACUCUACAGCCUCUUUGUUCGAUUUCAUGCGUUUUGCUCACCGUCUUAGAGCCAACAGAAGCCGAAUUUACGCUUUUUCAAGAGGGACAACGAAACUCUGAAAAAUCCCAGCGUUCUCAGCUGGAUUUGUGUGUUGUGAUAUUUCGAACACGUUCUCCCGUGUCUCCAGAGAUCGGGAGAUUGGUGGAGCAUAGCAAACGCCAGGUUCGCGGAUUUGUUGGUUGUCAUAAGAUGUUGGAACGUGAUAUAUAUUUACUAGUUUGUCUUGCAUUUAAUCAUUGGCAUACUGGAAUUGAAGAGCCUCACCAAUAUCCCCAAUGUGUAUUGGCUAUACACAGCUCCAAACGUCUUCUUGUAGAGCAAAUUACGCCCUCGCCGCACUUGUUAGCCGAUGCAAUAAUAAGUCUCACUUUAUCAAAGGGCCAGCGUCACGAAGGAAGAGAAGGAAUGACCGCUUAUUAUUUAACAAAGGGAUGGGCAGGACUUGUAGUAAUGGUUGAAAACCGGCAUGAAAAUAAAUGGAUACAUGUUAAAUGUGACUGCCAAGAAAGUUACAAUGUUGUAUCUACAAGGGGUGAAUUAAAAACGGUUGACUCAGUGCCACCUUUACAAAGGCAAGUCAUUAUCGUUUUAACACAACUAGAAGGCAGCGGUGGCUUUAGCAUUGCUCAUCGGCUAACACAUCGACUUGCGAACUCUAGAGGGCUUCAUGAUUGGGGUCCGCCCGGAGCGACGCACUGCCCGCCAAUAGAAAGCGUUCAUGGAUUGCAUGCACCUCGUUUGAUUACUUAACUUUUCACCGAUCUAGUCAUAAUUUCAAAAUACUGAUAAACAAAUACAUAUAUACAUAAGUACGAACAUAUACAUAUACAUACAUAACUAGA